AUGUCAAAUAUAUACAAUCAUAGGCAGAUUGUCCCUGGUGGUGGUACCGGUGGGCCAAGUCGUUUCAACGAACUAUUAGAGGCUUUGAAAAAUGAAUUUGAAAAUCUUAGUCAGGAGGCCAUGACUUAUAAAAUACAACGUGAAGAAUUUGAACAUAAAGUUCAACAACAAACUGAGGAAGUCAACCUUAUUCGUCAAGGUUUAUUCGAAUUACAAGCUACACACAAAGGCAUAAAACAACAGUAUGAUAACGAUCUGCGCAAUCUUCAACGUGAAAUUGACCAACAAAGUAAUUUGUUUGGUGGUAUCAUGAGUGGUAACGGUGCCCCUGGCCUCGCCGCUCCCCCACAAAUGUCUAUGGAUCCAACACAGCAGCCAACAAAUCAACCUGGUCAUCCGGGAAACUACCCUGGGCCUAGUGGCCCUCCUCAAAGUGUUCCACAAGCUGGAAGUAGUUCUGCUCCUUCUCCAUAUCUUAAUGGCGGUCCUCCACAACCUCAUACUCCAAAACGACCUCGCAUAGAGGAUGGUGUUUCAACUGGUCCUCAAAAUCCUCUUGGUAUGAAUCCUAGUUCUCAACCUGGUCAACCAGGUUUGUAUAAUAAUGGAAUUCCUCCGCCUCAGUCUAGUCAACAAGGUCAACCACCUAUGAAUCAAGCAUAUAUGCCACCUGUUGGUCCAAGUAGUAAACAGGGUGGUAAACUCACAAAGCCUGUAACUUUAAUACCACAGAUUCCUCCUAGUAUUGGCCCUGAUGGUCAGCAAUCUUCCGGUGUUCCUACUAAUGGUAAUGCUCAACAGGUUUCCUCAAAUAAUAAACGAAAAAGUAAUCAAAACAUGGGUGCUCCACUACCAGGAUCUCGUGCUCCAAUAAAGACUAGUUCACUUAGUAGUGGUAAUCAAACAUUAGGUGACAUGGAUCCUGAGACUGUCCCUGCUCAACUUAAAAAAGAAGGUGGUGAUUGGUUUGCAAUUACUGAUGGGAAAUUUCUUGCCACUGGUUGUAAUCGAAGUGCUCAAAUUUAUGAUGUUGCAAAUGGUCAAAAAUUAUGCGUUCUUGAUGAUAAUAGUGUAGAUAAAACUGGUGAUUUAUAUAUUAGGAGUGUGUGUUUCAGUCCUGAUGGAAAAUUUUUGGCUACAGGUGCUGAAGAUAAACAAAUUAGGAUUUGGGAUAUUCAAAAACAAUCAAUUAGAUCGCUUUUCCCAGGUCAUGAACAAGAUAUUUAUUCACUCGACUUCUCACGUGAUGGCCGGUUAAUUGUGUCUGGUUCCGGAGAUAAAACUGCUCGUGUUUGGGAUAUGGUUACUGGUGAAUUAUUGUAUAAACUCGCAAUCGAUGAACCUAGUCAAAAGGAUGCUGGUGUAACCAGUGUAGCCAUUAGCCCUGAUGGUUUUUACGUCGCAGCAGGAUCAUUAGACAAAAUAGUACGCGUCUGGGACGCACGAACAGGAUACCUUCUUGAACGUUUGGAAGGACACAAAGAUAGUGUUUACUCUGUUGCAUUUGCACCUGAUGGUAAAACAUUAGUUUCUGGAAGUUUGGACAAAACUUUGAAAUUAUGGGAUAUGAGUCAUCCAGGAAGAAAUUCUGGUGCUGGAUCUAGUCAAAAGAAUUCAGCAAAGAUGACUUUCAACGGACACAAGGAUUUCGUUUUAUCCGUUGCAGUAUCUCCUGAUGGUCGUUGGGUAGUUUCAGGAUCUAAAGAUCGUGGUGUACAAUUUUGGGACCCAGUUAACGCACAAACUCAAUUCAUGUUACAAGUAAUUUCAGUAGCCCUAAGUCCGGCACCAAGUGGUCCGACUAGUAAACUUUUUGCCACUGGAUCCGGUGACUGUCGAGCGCGUAUAUGGCGAUAUUAUGAUGAUCAAUAA